AUGUUCCACCACUCUUCAUGUGUGUAUAUCACCCCGUGGUAUAAUCAUGUUAUCCCCAGUGUAUCCAUCUGUAGGCCCACAGCAGGGAUAACACCCACUCUCCAUGUGUGUAUAUCACCCCUGUGGUAUAAUCAUGAUAUCUGUAUGCCCACAGCAGGGAUAACACCCACUCUCCAUGUGUGUAUAUCACCCUUGUGGUAUAAUCAUGUUAUCCCCAGUGUAUCCAUCUGUAGGCCCACAGCAGGGAUAACACCUACUCUCCAUGUGUGUAUAUCACCCCUGUGGUAUAAUCAUGUUAUCCCCAGUGUAUCCAUCUGUAGGCCCACAGCAGGGAUAACACCUACUCUCCAUGUGUGUAUAUCACCCCUGUGGUAUAAUCAUGUUAUCCCCAGUGUAUCCAUCUGUAGGCCCACAGCAGGGAUAACACCCACUCUCCAUGUGUGUAUAUCACCCCCGUGGUAUAAUCAUGUUAUCCCCAGUGUAUCCAUCUGUAGGCCCACAGCAGGGAUAACACCCACUCUCCAUGUGUGUAUAUCACCCCUGUGGUAUAAUCAUGUUAUCCCCAGUGUAUCCAUCUGUAGGCCCACAGCAGGGAUAACACCUACUCUCCAUGUGUGUAUAUCACCCCUGUGGUAUAAUCAUGUUAUCCCCAGUGUAUCCAUCUGUAGGCCCACAGCAGGGAUAACACCCACUCUCCAUGUGUGUAUAUCACCCCUGUGGUAUAAUCAUGUUAUCCCCAGUGUAUCCAUCUGUAGGCCCACAGCAGGGAUAACACCUACUCUCCAUGUGUGUAUAUCACCCCUGUGGUAUAAUCAUGUUAUCCCCAGUGUAUCCAUCUGUAGGCCCACAGCAGGGAUAACACCCACUCUCCAUGUGUGUAUAUCACCCCUGUGGUAUAAUCAUGUUAUCCCCAGUGUAUCCAUCUGUAGGCCCACAGCAGGGAUAACACCUACUCUCCAUGUGUGUAUAUCACCCCUGUGGUAUAAUCAUGUUAUCCCCAGUGUAUCCAUCUGUAGGCCCACAGCAGGGAUAACACCCACUCUCCAUGUGUGUAUAUCACCCCUGUGGUAUAAUCAUGUUAUCCCCAGUGUAUCCAUCUGUAGGCCCACAGCAGGGAUAACACCUACUCUCCAUGUGUGUAUAUCACCCCUGUGGUAUAAUCAUGUUAUCCCCAGUGUAUCCAUCUGUAGGCCCACAGCAGGGAUAACACCCACUCUCCAUGUGUGUAUAUCACCCCUGUGGUAUAAUCAUGUUAUCCCCAGUGUAUCCAUCUGUAGGCCCACAGCAGGGAUAACACCUACUCUCCAGGUGUGUAUAUCACCCAUGUGGUAUAAUCAUGUUAUCCCCAGUGUAUCCAUCUGUAGGCCCACAGCAGGGAUAACACCUACUCUCCAUGUGUGUAUAUCACCCAUGUGGUAUAAUCAUGUUAUCCCCAGUGUAUCCAUCUGUAGGCCCACAGCAGGGAUAACACCCACUCUCCAUGUGUGUAUACCACCCCCGUGGUAUAAUCAUGUUAUCCCCAGUGCAUCCAUCUGUAGGCCCACAGCAGGGAUAACACCCACUCUCCAUGUGUGUAUAUCACCCCCGUGGUAUAAUCAUGUUAUCUGUAGGCCCACAGCAGGGAUAACACCUACUCUCCAUGUGUGUAUAUCACCCCCGUGGUAUAAUCAUGUUAUCCCCAGUGUAUCCAUCUGUAGGCCCACAGCAGGGAUAACACCUACUCUCCAUGUGUGUAUAUCACCCCUGUGGUAUAAUCAUGUUAUCCCCAGUGUAUCCAUCUGUAGGCCCACAGCAGGGAUAACACCCACUCUCCAUGUGUGUAUAUCACCCCCGUGGUAUAAUCAUGUUAUCCCCAGUGUAUCCAUCUGUAGGCCCACAGCAGGGAUAACACCCACUCUCCAUGUGUGUAUAUCACCCCUGUGGUAUAAUCAUGUUAUCCCCAGUGUAUCCAUCUGUAGGCCCACAGCAGGGAUAACACCUACUCUCCAUGUGUGUAUAUCACCCCUGUGGUAUAAUCAUGUUAUCCCCAGUGUAUCCAUCUGUAGGCCCACAGCAGGGAUAACACCCACUCUCCAUGUGUGUAUAUCACCCCUGUGGUAUAAUCAUGUUAUCCCCAGUGUAUCCAUCUGUAGGCCCACAGCAGGGAUAACACCCACUCUCCAUGUGUGUAUAUCACCCCUGUGGUAUAAUCAUGUUAUCCCCAGUGUAUCCAUCUGUAGGCCCACAGCAGGGAUAACACCUACUCUCCAUGUGUGUAUAUCACCCCUGUGGUAUAAUCAUGUUAUCCCCAGUGUAUCCAUCUGUAGGCCCACAGCAGGGAUAACACCCACUCUCCAUGUGUGUAUAUCACCCCUGUGGUAUAAUCAUGUUAUCCCCAGUGUAUCCAUCUGUAGGCCCACAGCAGGGAUAACACCUACUCUCCAUGUGUGUAUAUCACCCCUGUGGUAUAAUCAUGUUAUCCCCAGUGUAUCCAUCUGUAGGCCCACAGCAGGGAUAACACCCACUCUCCAUGUGUGUAUAUCACCCCUGUGGUAUAAUCAUGUUAUCCCCAGUGUAUCCAUCUGUAGGCCCACAGCAGGGAUAACACCUACUCUCCAGGUGUGUAUAUCACCCAUGUGGUAUAAUCAUGUUAUCCCCAGUGUAUCCAUCUGUAGGCCCACAGCAGGGAUAACACCUACUCUCCAUGUGUGUAUAUCACCCAUGUGGUAUAAUCAUGUUAUCCCCAGUGUAUCCAUCUGUAGGCCCACAGCAGGGAUAACACCCACUCUCCAUGUGUGAAUACCACCCCCGUGGUAUAAUCAUGUUAUCCCCAGUGCAUCCAUCUGUAGGCCCACAGCAGGGAUAACACCCACUCUCCAUGUGUGUAUAUCACCCCCGUGGUAUAAUCAUGUUAUCUGUAGGCCCACAGCAGGGAUAACACCUACUCUCCAUGUGUGUAUAUCACCCCCGUGGUAUAAUCAUGUUAUCCCCAGUGUAUCCAUCUGUAGGCCCACAGCAGGGAUAACACCCACUCUCCAUGUGUGUAUAUCACCCCCGUGGUAUAAUCAUGUUAUCUGUAGGCCCACAGCAGGGAUAACACCUACUCUCCAUGUGUGUAUAUCACCCCCGUGGUAUAAUCAUGUUAUCCCCAGUAUAUCCAUCUGUAGGCAGGGAUCUGGUCAAGCCAUGAGAUGCUGCCAUCCAUCAGUACCAAUCUAUAUAGACAUCAAACUUUUUUCAUUUUAUUGUCCAUUUCUUUAGUAUUUUUAUUUUCAUACAUGUGUUCUGCUGUGUUCUGUCAUGUAUUAACUAUACAUCAACCAGUAUUAGAUUUGUCUCAACAAGAGUGUAAAACAGUACGCCUCUCUUGCUUGAGGCUUUUUCCACUGUUGUUGGUCUAAACAACCAGACGAAGAAGUCAAUUCUAUGAAAAUUGUUAAGGAUUGUUUACAUUUCCUGGUCAUAUAUGACGGCGGUCUGUAAAUAAUCGAGUCUGGACCUCACAAUCCAGUGAUUAACAUCAUGAGCAUCGAUCCACGUGAUUGGGAUACAGUGACGUGCAUUGACCAAGUCAGCGAGCCUGACCACCCGAUCCCUUUCGUCGCCUCUUAUGACAAGCAUAGUCGCCUUUUAAGGCAAGCAUGGGUUGCUUAAGACCUAUUCUACCCUGAAUCUUCACAGGUCCAAAAUAAGAAAAGAAAAAUCAGAAACACAUAUUUGACAAGAUGAUGUCUUUAACGUAGUGUCGACCAAGUGAAACAUAUAAAAUAAAAUAAAACAUAUAGUGUAUCUCUAUAUGACAAGUCAAGGUGCUACUUUCCCUCUCGUACUGAGGGGGGUCGGGUAGCCUAGUGGUUAAAGCGUUCGCUCGUCACGCCGAAGACCCGGGUUCGAUUCCCGACAUGGGUACAAUGUGUGAAGCCCAUUUCUGGUGUUCCCCGCCGUGAUAUUGCUGGGAUAUUGCUAAAAGCGGCGUAAAACCAUACUCACUCACUCACUCUCGUACUGACCUGGAAUUAUCAUUAUGAUAAUCAGUCAACAGCCAGUGGAGACAAUUCUCAGUUUGUGUUGAGUCAGCAGAACCCUUGGAGAAAACACCUGAUGAUAACAGACAGGUUCAACAAUGGAGCUGUUUGUGUCUGUGUAAUAAGUAGUAUCCAUGUCAUACUGAGGCUGGGAUUUUUUAAAACUUGGUUGAAAUGUUGAAAAAAAUGAAAAAGAGAAGCAGUUAUUAAUUCCACAGAAAUGAGUAAAAUUAUUUAAAAUACUUUAAUUAAAACCUGUUGAAAAUUUAUCUUAAAAAUGCCCACGUCCACUUUCUUUUCUUUCUUUUUCUACCCACUUAACAUUUUGAGGAAAUGAAACAAAAAUAGUUGAAAUUGGAUGUUUUUAAAUAUUCUUUUUAACCAGAAUGAAAUAUAUACCAUAUAUGACUGUAGAUAAGCCAAAUUUUGCAGACCAGAAAAAAGAUUCUGAAGAAAGGUGUCAACCUUUGUAAAGGUUAUGCUUCAAUCAAACUCUUUUUCUGUUGGUAAAACAACUACAUUGUAUUCCUGCAGGUGAAUGAACAACGCUAUAGCAAACUGUGUCAAUGAAAUUGUAAAAAUUUGCAAUUGAACAUCACUAGACAUGAUGAUUUACCAUUUCAGUUGUAUUUCUUGUUAUGCCAGGCAUUCUUUUAUAUGCAGGGAUUAAGAUUACCGUGUAAAAAGUCUGGCAUUGUUUGACAUUUGAUGUUUUAUACAAUGAUUUACGGUAGAUGUUCUUUUCCUUAUUUGCUUAUACCUUGGCAUCUACAGUAAUCAUUGCUAUCCAUUGUACCAGUGUAACUGUCCCCCGUCUUGAUGAAUUGUCCAUGAUUGUUGAAUUACACAAGAUAUUAUGUGUUGACUGUACAGUUUUUAGGUUUAUACUCCAAUGAAUUGUAGAUAGUGUUUCAUGAAGUAGUCAUGCUGUAAAUAGUUGUAUAGACGUGCGUGAGGACUCUGUGAUAGCAGUAGUGUAGAAUGCACCUGGAAGGAGGGCAGGCUUUAUGGCCUGGGGGUGCCCGCAGGGGGGUGGGAAUUUCAAAUUAUUGACUUACCCCUGGGCAAUUUUAAACUGUAAAAAGUCACUUGUCCAGAAACAAUUUGUCACUCAUUGCUCACCCCAGAAUCCCAAGUACUGCUAAACACAAGUCUCAGAAGCAUUGAGAAAAGGUGCAGUUUGAUGUUAAAUUAUUGAAAAAAUAUCAAGAAAAAAUUGAAUAUAAAAUUUUGUAUUUUGUUUUUUUGGUUUAAAUUUUAACUCUGCACAGCAAAUAUGAUUUUUAUUUGCAUCCCGCGUACCACCCCGAGUUACGAAUACCAUUUAAAUUGACACCAGAAUCCUGCACACCAAAAGGUAAUUGUCCAGGUAAUUUACCAAAAACUGUUUUUCUUACUGCCGUUUUGACAUUGAUGAAAAUGUUUUUGUUUCUCCAUGGCUUUUUAGGCAGACAGUGCGACCUGCCAUGACUUCUGACAAUAUGUUGUGUAGAAGGCGUGCCCUGAAGUGUGAUCAGAAUCAGGUGAAGGAAGUAUGGGAUGUUUGUACUUUUAGAAAACUAUAUUUAAUACUUGUUACAAAUAAUUUCUCAUAAUUGACUUAAGGUCUGCUAAGUUUAAUGGUUGCCCACGGGUGCGUGAACCUGAUUCUUUUGCUUGUUCGGAAGUCUCACAUGAUGAAGCGUUGAUGUUCCACCCCCAGAGUGAUAAGGUCUACACAUUGUAAAUAGUGCCGGAGACAGAGACAUUACCAGACAACUGAUACACAGAAUUAGCUGAUAACCAAAGUGUUGGAACAACUGCAAUCAAACUUGCUGGGGCUGCCAAUCUGCCGGAGCCUGGUCCCCCUUUAAGAUCACCUGAUUUAUGAAGUCACAAUGUAGAAAAAUAUGAUAUCACCAUGACAAAUAUGUCAGCUUUUAUGUACCAGCAUAUUAUGAAAGUGUUUGAUUCACAUUUCUUGAAGCAAAAAAACAAUUUUUUAUCAUUUAUACCAAACACUUCUAUACAAAGUCAAUUCAGAUGUAAAACAUUAGUCUUUUUUGUUACAUGUUUAUUAUUACUGUUUGACUCUGUACACUGGAAGUUCAGGCCAUAGUCCAGGACAGUCUCUUCCCCCUCCCCGCGUAGCAGGUAAUAUUGAGGAGCAUAUUUGCUUAUAUCAAAUUGUCAUUGUUUGAAAGGUAUUAAGUUCAAUGCCUCUUUGUUAAUUAUUGAUUUAAAUAAUCUCUGUCACUAAAGGUAAUAAAAGGCAUGUUCUUUCAUUCUUAAACCGUUCGUAUCUAAGUUACCGGUUUGCCAUGUUGUUUUAUAGUGAACACGUAAAUGCAUUUGGUCACUGCCUCGACUCCCUCAUCAGCCAUUGUUGUGUAUAGGUCACAGUCAAUCUGAAAUUACACUUAUCGUCAUGGCAACAGCUUCUGACUGCAUGAUCAAUAAACUAUGGUCUUUUUAUUGCAAAA